AUGCGUCUCACAAACGCAUUCGCCGUCGCCCUGGCUUUCGCUGGGGCGUCCGUGGCGCUGACCCCUGAUGAGCAGCAGAAGCAGGCCUUCGCUGAACAGGAGAAGCAGCUCGCGAACCAGCAGAAAGCCAUGUUCGCGGAGCAGAAGCACGCCAUGGCCGAACAGGCGAAGCAGUUCCAGAACCAGAACAAAGCCUUCCAGGAACACCAGCAGCACGUCGAGCAUGAUCUGGGCAUCACCCCUCAGAAGUCAAAGAGCAGCCAGACGCCCAAGAACUCCCCGACCGACAAGAAGAAGUCAUCCCACAAGGACGGCCUUUCCAGCAAGCAUCGGACUUCCAACAGUCGUGGUGGGAACAACAGACAUUCCCAGGGUAAGGAAGGGAAGCACGGACUUUCCAAUGGGAAACAACGUCCUGGGAAGCUCCACGGCGGCAAGAACCGCGGCGGCAAUAGUAAGACCGGCCCCAAGGGGAAGCACGUUUCCAAUGAUAAGGGCCAUGCCAGCCGCCCUGGCAAGGGCCAUGCCACUGGCCCCAAGGGAAAGCAUGUCACCAACGGCAAGGGCAGGACUGGACCCAAGAGCAAGACUGGCCCCAAGAGCAAGAGCUCAAAGGGAAAGCAAGUUAUCAAGGGCAAGGGACAGACUGGUCCCAAGAGCAAGGGAAAGGCCCCCGGCUCCAAGGGAAAGCAAGUCACUAAGGGCAAGGGCAAGUCCACUGGUGCCAAGGGCAAAGGCAAGAGCACUGGUGCCAAGGGCAAGUCUACUGGCUCCAAGGGAAAGCAAGUUGCUAAGGGCAAGGGAAAGUCUGGCACUAAGAGCAAGGCUGGCUCCAAGAGCAAGGCUGGUUCUAAGGGCAAGAGUGUCGCUAAGGGCAAGGGCAAGUCUGGUACCAAGAGUAAGGCUGGUUCUAAGAGCAAGGCGGGUGCUAAGGGCAAGAGUGUAGCCAAGGGCAAGGGCAAGUCUGGUACCAAGAGUAAGGCUGGUUCUAAGAGCAAGGCUGGCUCCAAGAGCAAGGCUGGAUCUAAGAGCAAGAGUGUCGCUAAGGGCAAGGGCAAGUCUGGCUCCAAGGCUAAGGCCGGCUCCAAGGCUAAGGCCGGCUCCAAGGGCAAGCAAGCUGCUAAGGGCAAGGGCAAGUCUGGUGCCAAGAGCAAGGCUGGCUCUAAGACUAAGGCUGGCUCAAAGGGCAAGUCCGCUUCCAAGGCCAAGUCUGGUUCCAAGGCCAAGGCCGGUUCCAAGGGCAAGACUGGCUCCAAGGGUAAGGCUGGCUCCAAGAGCAAAGCCGGUGCUAAGGGCAAGAGUGUCGCCAUGGGCAAGGGCAAGUCUGCUUCCAAGGCCAAGUCUGGUGGUUCCAAGCCCAAGACCGGCUCUAAGCCCAAGCCUGGCUCCAAGGCCAAGUCUGGUUCAAAGGCCAAGUCCGCUUCCAAGGCCAAGUCCGGCUCUAAGGCCAAGACUGCCACUAAGAGCAAAGCUGGUUCCAAGCCCAAGGCUGCCGCGAAGAGCAAGGCUGCUUCCAAGCCCAAGGCCGCAGCUAAGGCAAAGGCUCCGGCCAAGGCUGCCUCCAAGGGAAAGAAGGGCAAAUAA